ACGAAAACAAAAUCUAAUGAACAAGUCUUUGGCAAUAUUCUUUUGCACAUAUAAAAUUCCGAUGCACCGAAGAGUCAACUUAUGAACAAGCUAGGCUCGAAAGAAAUGUUAUCCACAUAUAUAAAUAAUAAAAUCAUAUGCGCUUCAUGCUUUCUAUCUUCAUCCUGGAAUUGAUUAAACCGUAAAGAUUGCAGCAAAAAAAUCAAAUUGUUUAAUAAGGUCCAACCACAACCACUCCUAAGCUUGAUCACCAUGCAUGUAAUAUAAAGAGUGCGCUAUACCUUCUUGCUCGAUAUGCAAAGUUUCAGAAAUGAAAGAUUUAUUUACAAAUCUCAUAGCCUAUGGUACUGCCUCUGUGAUUUGUGUUGCUUUUAUAAUAUUGUUUAUUUGUAUGUACAGAAACCAUGGUGUUAGGAUUGGGAACCACAAGAAGAAUCAGCGAUAUGAAGCCAGACUUGCGGCCGAACAAGCUGCUUACAGAAGCAAAUUGCCCAAACCAUUAGAUGUUGAAAGAGGUAGUAGUGGAACCAAGGAUGGUGGGAUGGUGAUUUUGGCAGGAGCUGGCGCUGCUGUGGCCACUGCAGCUGUAGCAGGCAGUGGAGCUAGUACUAGUGAUUUUAAUGGUGGCAGCGGUGGCUGUGGGGGUUGUGGAGGUGGUUGUGGGGGUUGUGGUGGAGAUUGAAGUUAUGGU